AGCAUUUGCAGAGCCAUCAGUUUGGGGCAGUUGGAGCUGUCAAUUCUCCUUAAGCUAUGAGUUUCCCAAGGCAAACUUGGCAGUAUCGGAAGUUGAUAAUUAUUGUAUUCUGUCCAUUGCUAUUCCUGCCGCUGCCUCUCAUCAUCAAGACUAAAGAAUCCAAAUGUGCUUUUACACUGCUUGUGGUGGCAAUCUAUUGGCUAACAGAAGUGAUGCCUCUUUCUGUAACAGCUUUACUCCCAGCUCUCAUGUUUCCACUCUUUGGCAUCAUGAAAUCCUCAGAAGUUGCAUCUGCCUACUUCAAAGAUUUUCACGUUCUGUUAAUCGGCAUUAUUUGCUUGGCUACUUCUAUUGAAAAAUGGAAUCUACACAAGCGAAUAGCCCUGAGGAUGGUGAUGAUAAUGGGAGUCAAUCCUGGACGGUUAAUGAUGGGGUUUAUGCUCAGUUGUGUCUUCCUCUCAAUGUGGCUCAGUAACACCUCCACAGCAGCCAUGGUAAUGCCAAUAGUUGAGGCUCUUCUUCAGCAGCUUGUGACUGCAGAAGCAGCAGCUAAUCUCACUCAAACAACUUCGUCUGGAUUCACAAACCAAGCUUUGGAACUGAAUGAGAAAGAAUCUGUAAUGAAGAGGUUGGAAGAAAAGGAGGAAAUUGUGAAGGAGAAUGAAAAAGAAGAAAUGAAACAAAAAUACAGGCAAAUGAAUGGAUAUGGAUGUCACCUUGAUGUAGACGUUCAAACAGGCAAAACAGAACCAGAUGAGGCUUUGAGACAAGGAGCUGUUGGCAAAUACAAAAGUGAGAAAGAUCAUAACUUGUGCAAAGGAAUGUGUCUUUGCAUUGCUUAUUCUUCCACUAUUGGAGGAUUAACUACUAUUACAGGCACCUCAACCAAUCUGAUUUUUGCUGAGCAACUGAACAUGCACUACCCCGAUUGUCACUGCAUAAAUUUUGGGUCUUGGUUCAUACUGGUGCUCCCCCUGACUGUGAUCAUUACCAUUUUAUCUUGGGUCUGGCUGCAUAUCCUUUACUUUGGCUUCAACUUUUCAAAGACAUUUGAAUUUUGCAAAGAAAAAAGCAACAGAGAAAAAGCAUUGAUAAAAUUGAUUGAAGAGGAAUACAGGAAGCUUGGACCCAUGGGGUAUCAGGAGAUUGUUACCCUCAUUAUAUUUUGCUUCAUGGCAAUAUUGUGGUUUAUGCGUAACCCUGGAUUUUUCCCUGGCUGGUCCAAUCUUUUUCCACAGUACAAAGAUUUUGCCACCGAUUCCACCGUAGCCCUCUUGCUGGGAAUUCUAUUUUUCAUCUUGCCUGCUGAGAAUCCUGCUUCAGUUUUUAAAAAGACGGGGGAGGAGGAGUACGCAGCACUUAUUACCUGGAAAGAGUUCCAGUCGUGCAUGCCUUGGGAAAUAUCCUUACUUGUCGGAGGCGGCUUUGCCCUGGCGAAGGGUUCUGAGUUAUCUGGGCUUUCCUUAUGGGUGGGAAGCAAGUUGGAACCCCUCGGCACUUUGCCAGCAUGGCUGAUUGUACUGGUGACCUGCUUGAUUGUCACAAGUGUCACUGAGGUGGCUAGUAACCCAGCCACUAUCACAAUCUUCCUUCCAAUUCUAGUGGCCUUGUCUGAAGCCAUUCAUAUGAAUCCACUUUACUUAUUAAUACCCACAACUCUUUGCACCUCAUUUGCAUUCCUCUUGCCAGUGUCCAAUCCUCCAAAUGCUAUUGUCUUUGGAUAUGGCCAUCUCUCAAUCAUGGACAUGGUAAAAACUGGAUUGGUUGUUAAACUAAUCAGCAUUGUAGUUGUGAUGAUUGCAAUAUCAACUUGGGCUGUUCCAUUAAUGGACCUCAAAACAUAUCCGUCCUGGGCACAAGACCUCAAAAAUACAACAGCUCCAUAGCACCUAAGAUGUAAAUGAACAGGCCAGGCUUGACAGACAAUCCUAUUCUGAUUAAUGUGAAUGAAGAAGGCAAUGUCUUACGGUGAGACUGUCAAAAGCAACAAUCUAUACAAUAAGGAUUUCUGCCUGUUCAAUUCAGGGCUGUGUUCCAAUGAAAGAGCCAAACUACAGCAAAGAACUUAAUGGGAAUUAUAACCGGAAUUCUGUAUCCAUUUGAGAAGAUUGUAGGUACUUCACACCGUGCAAUAUUUAAUUUGAGAUGAAACUUAAACAUAUAACGUUACAGUGCAGUACAGGCCCUUUGGCUUACGAUGAUGUGCUGACCUUUUAACCUCCUCUAAGUUCAAUCUAGCCCUUCCCCCUACAUAGCUUUCCAUUUUCUAUCGUCCAUUUUCCUCUCUAAGAAUCUCCUAAAUGUCCUUAAUUUAUUUCCCUCUACCACCACCACUAACACCACUUUCCUUGCACCCAUCAAUCUCUGUGUAAAAAAAAGCUUACCUCUGACACCCCUCCUAUACUUUCCUUAAAACUACAUCCCUUCAUAUCAGCCAUUUUGGCCCUGGUGAAAAAGUCCCUGGCUGUCCAUCUAAUCUAUGCCUUUUAUCUUGUACAUCUCUAUCAAGUCACCUCUCACCUUCCUUUGCUUCCGAGAGAAAAGCCCUAGUUUGCUUAACAUAACCACAUAAGACAUGCCCUCCAGUCCAGGCAACGUCCUGGUAAGUCUUCACAUCUUUCUAAAUCCAAAGCAACACACACACACACACACACACACACACACACGAGGAACUCAGUAGCCCAGGCAGCAUCUAUGGAAAAAUUGACAUACUCCAAGUGUGAUCAAGCCAGGGUUUUACAGACCUACAACAUUAUCUGUGGCUCUUGAACUCAAUCCCCUGACUGAUGAAGGCCAUCACACCAUACACCUUCUUAACAACCCUAUCAAGCUAUGUCAUAAUAUUGAGGGAUUUAUAGACAUAAGCCCCAAGAUCACUCUCUUCCUCCACACUGGUAAGAAUCCUGCCAUUAACCCCAUGUUCCACCUGCAAACUCAAUCUUCCAAAGUGAAUCACUUCACAGUUUUUCUGGUUGAACUCCAUUUGCCACUUCUCAGCCCAGCUCUGCAGUGUAUUAAUGUCCUCUUGUAGAUUAUGAGAACCUUCAACGCUAUCUACACAACUGCCAAGCUUAGAGUCAUUCGCUAGCUUACUAACCCAUCCUUCUACUUCAUCAUGCAAGCCAUUUAUAAAAUCACAAGGGCAGAGAUUGCAAUGGAACUCUGCUGGUGAUUGACCUCAGGGCAGAUAAUGCUCAAUCUUCAACUACCCUCUGACUUUCUAUGGGGAAACCAAUUCUGAAUCCAUACAAGCAACACAUGCAAAAUGCUGGUGGAAUGCAGCAGGCAGUAUCUGUAGGGAGAAGUACAGUUGACGUUUUGAGCUGAGACCCUUCGUCAGGACCCUUUGUUAGUCCUAAUGAAGGGUCUCGGCCGGAAACGUCAACUGCACUUCUUCCUAUAGAUGCUGCCUGGCCUGCUGCAUUCCACCAGCAUUUUGUGUGUGCUCCUUGAAUUUCCAGCAUCUGCAGAUUUCCUAGUGUUUGCGCUGAAUCCAUACAACUAAAUUUCCCUGGAUUCCAUACCUUCUGACUGUCUGAAUGAGGUUACUAUUUAGAUCCUUAUCAAAUGCCUUACUGAAAUCCAUAUACACCACAUCCACUACUCUACCUUUAUCAAUGUGUUUUAUCACAUCCUGAAAAAAUUAAAUUAGUCUUGUGAAGCAUGAUCUGCCCCUCACAAAUCUAUGCUAUUCCCAAUCAAUCUAUGCUUCUCCAAAUCCUCAUAAAUUUUGCAUCUAAGAAUCUUCUGCAAUAAUUUGCCCACCAGUGAAGUCAGACUCACUGGUUCAUAAUUCCCAGGGUUAUCCCAAUUCCCAGCUCCCUUUCUUGAACAAAGAAAUAACAUUUGCCACCUUAUAUCAUCUAUUAGGACUACUGUGGCCAGAGAGGACACAAAUAGCUCCUCCCUCACUUCCAGAAGUAACAGUCAGUACCUCCAGUUGAACUCUGUGUUACAAGUCAACAACAAUGAAUAUAUAAUUGAGACAGGGUUUUUAUUUACAAAUAAAACAUGUAUUAAACACUGCUAAAAAAAAACCCAAAAGUAAACAAACGACUAACUUAACCGGAAGUCGGCUGCUGUGCGGCAGCUUGAACAGUUCUUGAAGUGAGAAUGUGAAAACAGUUCUUGAAAGUAGUAAUGCGAAAGUCCAAAUGGUUAAACAGUCCGUUAAAGGAGAGACUUCUUGAAAAUGAUUUAAAUUCUCUUUCGUGGAGUUACUGCUGACCCCAGCUGAAGUAUGUUAUUCCCCGGAGGAUUUACGAUCGACAGAAAUAAAACGAGUUAAAGGCACUGACCUUUCUUUGAUGAAACUUUGUAUCCAACCCUCUGCUCUUCUUUUGGCAAAGCAGGAGUUAACAUGGAUACUCAUUAAUAAUUCCUCAUGCGAAGAUUAAACAAAGGCCGAAUCUGUUUCCCCGUCGACAUUAACUUUUCCUAUCCUUUGGGAUUUCCGAACUCCUUUAAAAUCUUCAUUCUCCACUGACCAAUCUGGCAGUAUUAUAGCGAAACUGCCAGCAAUAACCUUUGAGACUUAAAACAGAAAGUAAAACUCCACUUUUAAACAAAACUGCGUCAUAAUAUUGGAAUACGCAGCAGCAUGGAGUCAGUGGCGAAUUCAGCCAUGAACUGCCCACAGCACAAGUUGGGGUUCUCCUUUUAUACCUUGUUGAAAAAAACUAUCACAUGACCUCUCACUGGCAGGAAAAUGACGUCACUCCUCCAUCACAAGACCAUUACCUGAUGUCCAGCAUAGCCUCAAUUACAUCACAGUCACAUGACAAGUACAAGAUACCCAUGGGUACGUAACACCUCUCUCCAAAAAAAAAUUGUAAUCUGUCAAGAACAAAAUUUUAACAAUUAACCAUUUACAAAAAAAAUACAAAUGUAUAAAGUUUACAACAUACACAGUAUACAUAGUAUUAUCACACAUCAAUUUACAAAUUAUUACACAAGAGGGUUAUAAAUGUUUAAAUAUCACUCCAUAAAAAAUUAUAUUGUACAUUCAACAUUGAGACAGACAAUCAGCAAUCACAUCAUCUUUACCUUUAAUAUGAGUUAUCACAAUAUUGUACUCUUGUAACAUUAAAUUCCAAUUUAUUAGCCUUC